AUGAGAGCCUACCUAUACGACGACCUGCCCGGCGACCAACGCCUGCCCCACGACUCGGGCAACGACGUUGUCGUGGACGACCUGAAGAAGCUGGGCGUCCUGUACUACCGCAUCGGCGACAUCGCCGGCGUGGACCAGCUGGCGAGCGAGCGCGGCUACAAGAACCGCGACGAGAUCACCGUGUCGCCCGAGAAGAUGGGCGACAUCUACGAGGACAAGGUCAAGUCCUUCUUCACGGAGCACCUGCACGAGGACGAGGAGAUCCGCUACGUCCGCGACGGCCACGGCUACUUUGACGUCCGCAACAAGGGCGACCAGUGGAUCCGCAUCCAGCUCGAGAAGGACGACCUGCUCAUCCUCCCCGCUGGCAUCUACCACCGCUUCACCACCGACGACUCCAAUUACAUCCAGGCAAUGCGCCUCUUCAAAGACGAGCCCAAGUGGACUCCUCUCAACCGCAGCGGUGAACUGGACACCAACCCUCACCGGAAGGAGUACGUCCAGUCGUACCUCAACUCGGGUGUCACGGCUUAG